AUGCUCCUGUACUUCGGAGUAACUCCCUACCUAGUGUUCGAUGGCGACAAUCUUCCCAGCAAAGCGGCUACGGAAGCAGACCGACACCGCCGUCGUCAAGAGAGCAAGGCCUUAGGACUGGAGUUGCAGCGGAAGGGCAAACUGCCAGAGGCCUAUCAAGAAUUUCAGAAAGCCGUCGACGUAACACCCUACAUGGCCCGACAGCUCAUUGAAGAGUUGAAGCAAAUGAAUGUACAGUAUGUGGUGGCUCCAUACGAGGCAGAUCCUCAAAUGGUGUUUCUCGAACAGAGGGGGAUUGUACAAGGGAUAAUUUCCGAGGAUUCGGAUUUGUUGGUGUUUGGUGCAAAGCGUCUGCUGUCAAAGUUGGAUCAGCAUGGCGAAUGCAUUGAAUUAAAUCGCGCAGACUUCACAGCAUGUCGGGAAGUCAGCCUUGUUGGCUGGAGCGACGCAGAUUUUCGUCGGAUGUGUAUUCUCAGUGGGUGUGAUUACCUAGCCAAUAUCCCGAAGAUGGGACUGAAGACUGCCUACCGCAGCAUUCGCAAACAUCGUACUGUGGAAAAGGCUCUAAAAAUGAUGCAAUUUGAUGGACAGUUUAAGGUCCCAGCGGACUACCUGACGAACUUCAUACAGGCCGAGAACACUUUCCUUUAUCAAUGGGUAUUUUGUCCCACCGCUAAACGGCUUGUGACCUUGACGCCCUCCGAUGGUGUCAAUCUUGAGGAAAUGCCCUUCAUUGGGGCAGAUGUGGAGCCAGAGAUUGCGGCUGGGGUCGCUUCUGGGGAUCUAGACCCAACGACCAAGGAGCCGAUUGAGUUGAAACCGUUGGCUACAGGUAAAGUGCCCCUGGGCAUUAGUCGUCGUCAAACUUUGGGUUCGUCUUCAGAGCUGAAGCCCAGCAAGCCGAUCAACUCGUUCUUCACCCCGAAACGGAGGCCUCUGGCCGAGCUGGAUCCAAACAGCCUGACCCCAUCCCCCAGUCAGCAGCGCCUAUUGGAGAGGAAUUCGAACAUGUCUUGGCAAGCGAGCUCCGCACCCUUGCGCUCUAACACAGUUAGGUCCACUCCAGUAAGGGCCUUCUCCGACCAGGGUGCUAGUCCCAUGAUUCGAAGUGUCGAGCGAAAUACUCCUUUGGCUCAGAGCAAACGAGUAUCGAGCUUGCAAUCGACUAAGCGGCAGCGAUUGUGUUCAGAAGCUGAAGAUGAUUCUCUUCCUGUCCGUCCCAAUGUACAAAGUCGGUUUUUUGCUGCUAGAGAGCAAGCUAGCCCCAGUGGACAGAAAUUUUCCCGAACGAAGAAGCCACGAAAGUCGACAUUGGAUGUCUUUUCAGAUGAGGUGGCGGAGGACAUAUUCUCCCAAAUUCCCAAUCCUGACCCAGAGGCUGAGCCGGUUCAAAAUGCAGCCAAAGAACAGCAUGAAGAAACUAUUAAGUCUGAAGUUGUUGAGGCUGGAUCAGCUAGCGAAACUGAUGGCAACGCCGUAUCAAAUAAAACUUCUUUAUUGCAGCCUGAGAGCUCUGAAGACUGCAAGUUCAAUGACGCUCUAACUUACCACGUCCAAAGACAGAACUCGGAUCUCGUAAGCAGGUUCACAUUCAAGUCGGGGUCCAAACCUGGGUCCCCAAUCCAGCGCUCCCCCGCGACCAAAGUUCCGGUGAUUCAAUCUGGUAACACAGGCCCAUCCCCAUCGUCGCCUCGAAACUAUACCGUCACGACGCCAAGCAGGACCCCUCAGCGCCAACACCUCACUGUACUGCAGCGACUGGGCCAAUCAGCCCUUAAACGAUCUCAGAGUAUCAACUUUCCAACUUCUCUUCGACAUGCGGAUUCUUCGGAGUCUCAAUCAGAUGAGACGCCAGCUAUUACACAGCCCAAUACACCUCAUGGCAGUGAGGAUCUUAUUGUCCCGGACAGCGACGAGUCGGAAGAGGAAAUAUCGACCAGCUUUGGACAAACUUCAUCAUUUGACAUGAAGCACUUUUCGUUUGCCGCCAAAUGA